GUGUUUCAACUCAUCAAGCUGUCACGUGACAGUCAUGUGACAAGAUCAGGAAAUGACCUCCCCAAAAUGGCGGCGUGUCAGAGGUCGCCAUGUUUCAACAAUGCCCACCACGCCCACAUCUUACCACACCCAGCAUGGAUGCUCUCGCUAUGAGGACUUUGUGAUCCCUGUCGUCCAGACCGAGGCGUACUUCCGGCGGGGGAAGAGAAGAGACACACCUUGGGAGACCCCCCCACACCUCACACCCGCUCCCUCCUACCACCACAGACACACACACACACACACACACACACACCAUCUUUGUCGGCGUCUGCUCACAAGAAGACUUCGUCCGACCGCCAUGUCUCUGAGGGCUCUCAGGGAGAUCCUGCAGAGACCAGGAAAUGACACCUGUGCAGACUGCGGGGCGCCAGACCCGGACUGGAGUUCCACCUCGCUGGGCGUCUUCAUCUGUCUGGCGUGCUCGGGGAUCCACCGCAACAUCCCCGAAGUCAGCAAGGUGAAGUCGCUGAGUCUGUCCCGCUGGGAGGACCACGAGGUGCAGUUCAUGGCAGAUCACGGUAACGAGCUGAUGAAGAAAAAAUACGAGGCGGCUGUCCCCGUUUAUUACUACAAACCUUCUCAUAGAGACUGCCAGGUGCUCAAAGAGCAGUGGAUACGAGCCAAGUACGAGCGCAAGGAAUUCACCGAUCCUGAAUGGAAGUUUACAUAUGAGCAAGAUACUCGAGACGGUGCCUUGAUGAAAAGGGGGCGGGACAACGGGCAGUUUCUCAGCAGGCGGUUCGUCCUCUCAGCGGUGGAGGGAACGCUCAAAUACUUCACCAAAUAUGACGCCAAGGAACCCAAAGCGGUGAUCAAGGUGGACUCCAUCAACGCCACCUUCCAGCCCGAGAAGAUCGGACACCACAACGGCAUGCAGAUCACGUACCUCAAAGACUACAGCACCCGCAACAUCUUCCUCUACCACGACAACGGCAAGGACAUCGUGGACUGGUUCAACUCCAUACGGGCGGUUCAGCUCCACUACUUGAAGGUGGCCUUCCCUGGAGCCAGCGACGCUGAGCUGGUGCCCAAACUCACACGCAACUUCCUGAAGGAGGGAUACAUGGAGAAGACCGGCCCUAGGCAAACAGAAGGCUUCAAGAAGCGAUGGUUCACUUUGGACCAGAGAAAACUCAUGUACUACAAAGACCCUCUGGACGCCUUCGCCAAAGGCGAGGUGUUCCUGGGCAGCAAGGACAACUACAGCGCGGCGGCCGGCCUUCCCGCCGGCACUUACUGCAACGGCGCCUGGCAGCACGGCAUCACCAUGGAGACGCCCGAGCGCUGCUUCCUGUUCACGUGCGAGACGGAGGCGGAGCAGCAGGACUGGCUCAAGCACUUCAACGACGUCAUCAGCGCCCAGAUGUCCCCCCAGGAGUACACCAUGGAGGCCAUGUUCAAACACAGACAUUGAGACCACCAGGAGCCCCUCUGCCUCUUCUGUCCCUAAACUGACAUCAGCGUCCACAAAGGAGGACUUUAAGGUACGAGUCCAGACUCCAGAUACCUUUUUAAGUCACAUGAUUCACCCAAGACCUCUCCGGUUAUUUUAUUUCAAAAUGUAACACAAACAUCAACAUUUUUUUAUUCCACCGUGUCCUUUAACGUGGACCUUUUUUAUGAGGUCAGAGGUCGUGUUUGUCAUGACUGAAGAGUAGGACUUUCAACUGUCCAACAGCGCUCCCGUGUGGCUACUUUUAGUGCACUCUAUAACUUUUUUUUUACUCUACAUUUCACCUUUCUGUAUUUGUAUGGUGCCAUUUUCACACUUUUUGACGUGUUCCUCCUACCUUUUCUUUGUCUCACCCCCACAAUCAUAAUAAACUAGUUUGAUGUCUUUCUGACUCUUCCAAAUAUGUCCAGAUGAAGUGGAGCUUUGACAGAACAAAACAAAACAUAUAUUUCUUCAUUUGAUUCAUUUUACAUGCUUUAUAUAUUUACAUUUAUUUUAUAAAUACUCAUACAAUUAUACGUGGAAUACUAGUUUAAUCUCUAAAUCUUGUGAUGUUUUUAUCCAAUGUUUCUCUCUUUUAUU